AGCCUCAACGGAGCGCAGUCUUUCAUCAGAUUCGCACUAUGACGAUCGUACAGAUAGAAAACACGCCGGUCGAUAUUCAUUUCGAAGAUUUAAGUUAUUUAGUUAGCAAUGGAAAAUCAGGAACGAAAAAGAUUAUAAAAUCACACAAUGGGACGUUUUAUUCUGGAAAUUUAACAGGGAUUUUAGGAAGUAGCGGGGCUGGAAAAACAACUCUUUUAAACAUUUUAGCAGGAUAUGUAAACCAAGGGGUUUUAGGAAAAAUUUACAUAAAUAAUCAAUCCAGAGAAUUAAAAACAUUCAAAAAAAUCUCAACUUUUAUAAUGCAAGAAGAUCUCCUUCAACCUUUUUUAACAGUGAAAGAAUACAUGAUGUGUGCCAUUAAUUUAAAAAUGAGCCCCAAUUUAAGUGAAUCUUGUAAAGAGUCCAUUGUCAUUAGUGUGGCGGAAACUCUUGGACUUUCUCGUUGCUUGAAUACUAGGUCGGAACACCUAUCCGGGGGUCAGAGGAAGAGGUUGUCUAUUGCGGUUGAGCUUGUUAAUGAUCCACCGAUUAUCUUUCUCGACGAACCAACCACAGGUCUGGACGAUGUAACCGCAAAACAAUGUAUGCAGCUUUUAAAAUCGUUAGCACAAAAAGGAAAAACCGUGAUUUGCACGAUUCAUCAACCUUCGGAUUCCUUAUUUAAACUCUUCGAUCAGGUUUAUUUUAUGGACAGUGGUUAUUGUAUUUACAACAACAACGUUCAAAGUUUAGUUCCAUUUUUAUCAUCGUCAGGAUUUGAUUGCCCAAAAACUUACAAUCCGGCCGAUUAUAUUAUCGAAUUAACUCAAUCAGACCCCAAUAAUGUUCUAUUAUUAUCUAAACAAGCCAAAUCAUUUCAAUAUCACCAGAAAAGAAAGAUUCAAGAAUUACCAAAUGGACUCCAAACCGGAAAUAAUAGAACCUUCCGAAAUGAUCGCGUAAAUUUUUGUAGGCAAGUUUUAAUAUUAUUACAACGAAGUUAUUUACAAAUAUUCAGAAAUAAAUCGAGUUUAUCCUUGAUGUUAUUUCACCACGUUUUAAGCGGUGUAUUAAUUGGUUCGAUAUUCUUUGGCAUUGGUAAAAAUGCAUCGAUGGUUUAUGAGAAUUUUAAAUUCGGAAUGACUGUUAUUAUUUAUGUCGUUUAUUCAAAUGCUAUAGUCCCAACCUUGACUUAUCCAUUGGAAGUUAAACUAAUUAAAAGAGAGUAUUUUAAUGGAUGGUAUAGCUUAAAAGCAUAUUUUUUAGCUCUGGUUUUAGCACCACUUGUAUUUAUGUUUAUAGCCGUAAAUAUUUUCAUAUUAAUAUGUUAUUCGAUGACGGAUCAACCGAUGGAAUUAAACAGAUACAUUCUGUUUACAAUCCCUGUUAUUUUACUUGGAAUGAAUUCAAAUACUUUUGGAGUUGCAAUUGGAGCUAUGUUUAAUCCAAAAAAUGGUGCAGCAAUAACCCCAUCAACAUUAGCUCCAUUAGUAAUUUUAGGCGUUUAUGGUAUGGGAUUUGGCCGUUUCGUUCACCCUUUUAUGAAAGCCGUCAUUCACGUGAGCUUUUUCCGUUAUGGAAUCGUAGCCUUCUGCAGCACCAUUUUUGAAAACAGACACGACCUCGUCUGCCCCGAGAUUUAUUGCCAUUACAAAGACACGGAAUUGUUCUUGAAAGAUAUGGGAAUGCACGGGACGUCGUACUCUUUACAAAUAAUUGCUCUGCUCGCGUUUUUGACCUUGCACGUUUGUUUUGGUUAUUUCUUUUUAAAAUUAAAAUUUUCUUCCGAUUUUAUGGAACAUGUUAAAAGAAUACGAUUGAAAAUUUUUAGUGUGUAAUGUUCAAUAAAUUAUUUGUUUUAUUAAA